AUGGUUGCUCCCAUCACUGGCACUCUUCGCAAGAAAAUCAUCAGAGAUAUUUCUGUCUCUCUCGCCAUUGGCUUCGGUGCUGGCUACUACUUCUGGCACACCUACCACAUUCCCAGUCUUGACCGCAGAAAUGCCUACUAUGCUAAACUUGAAGCUAGCAAGCAAUAA